AUGCUGCCAUUCCUCAGUGGUACCACACAGGGACCUUAUGGUGACUCUAGGAAAGACGUGCGGGCAGGAGCGCACUGGCUGUCAGGGUUGGGCAAGGCAGGAGCAGGCGGUGCUGCUGGCAGCGGCAGCGCUGGUGGUGGCGGUGGUAACUGCACGUUACGGCUGCGGCAAAUCACAUUGGAGGACAUUUGGACGGCGAAGCUGCAGGUGGAAGUGCAGCAUGAGGUGAAGUGCAGCAUGGGAGCAUGGCAGGGCACGGCACAAGAGGAGGCGGCCGAGGAAAAGGCUUCCCCCGCGGCUGCCAAGCUGGGUGGCGCUCCCACGCCUCCAUUAGGGGCCACCCACCACGCCUCGCAUCCUUCCAUCUUCUGCCCGCCCCUCUCUCACCCCCAUGCUCUGCACUACCUCGGCUCUUCCUCGUCUCUUCCCGAGCCCCUUGUGCUACAUUCCUCCUA